UUGGGUGUACAGAAGUGACAUAUUGGGAAGUGGAAUGAGAUUUGAAGCAUGUUUUGCUUAGUCCCACCCUCAGCUCGCCAGGCGCCAUGAGCAGCAAGAAGUGCUGGACCAGGACUAGGACCAGGACCAGAACCAGGAGCAGGCUGCAGCAUGUUGAGCUUUUUGGAAGUCUUGCUCGUCCUUCACCUGCUUGUGUUGCCUCUCGUAAACGCACAUUUGGAGGGAUAAUCUUAGCGAAAAGAUUUGGACGUACUUUUGGAUUGUUUGAUCCUGAUCGUGUCUUGUAGCGGCUGAAGUCUUGCGUGGGUAAGCAUGCUCGGUAGCGUACCUGGCCGCCCGGAGACGCACCUGCAGAGCGCGGGUUUGAUCCCCACAGCCCAGCACUGACCGUACAAGCCAUGUCUCCCACCAUGAUGGAGCACAACACCCUGACCCUGGACGCCAAAUACUGCAACAGCUCCUCGUCGUCGUCCAGCUCCGACAACGACAAGAAGAUCCUGAGCGUGUCCGCGGACGAGCCGAGGAAGAAGGCGGAGAUCCUGAGCGGCCAGUACGGAACCAACCUGCUGCUGAUCGGCGCCGCGCUCAUGCUGGCCUUGGCGCACCACAGCCCGUCCGUCAAGGAGGACCACCUGCUGGCCUUCGUCACCUGCCUGAUGGUCCUGCAGCUGGUCUGGAUGAUGUGGUUCGUCCUGCUGCGGCGCCGGCACAGGAGCGCGCUCACCGAGAAAGACGUCCACGCCACCACGUGCUGGAUCAGAGGUGGUUUGACUCUUCUUGCGCUCCUGUCUUUAAUCAUGGAUGUGUUUCGAAUCGGAUAUUACGUGGGCUAUCAAUCUUGUGUGUCGGCUGUCCUCGGGGUGUAUCCCGUCAUCCAUGCAACACACACCAUAGCACAGGUGCACUUUCUCUGGUUUCACAUCAAGGAUGUCAUCAAGAGUUUUGAGACCUUUGAGAGAUUUGGUGUCAUCCAUGCGGUCUUCACCAACCUCCUCCUGUGGUGCAACGGUGUGAUGUCCGAAGCCGAGCACUUCCUCAACAACCACAAAAGAAGACUCUCUGCCCUGGGCUACGGAAACCUCACUAUAGUUCACACGGAGCCCGACUGUAACUGCACCACCAGCGCCUGCUCCAUGUUCUCCAGCAGCCUCUACUAUCUCUAUCCUUUCAACAUCGAAUACCACAUAUUUGUGUCCGCCAUGCUCUUUGUCAUGUGGAAGAACAUCGGCCGCACCAUUGACCUGUCUUCCAAUCGGAAAAGGCUGGCGACCAAAACCCAAGGUUUGACCCUGGGCCCCGUUCUGGGUCUUGUCGCCUUUGCCAGCACUAUCGGGAUUUUGGUGGUGUACAUAACGCAUGUGGAGGGCUCCCUUCAAACACGACGCUCUGCCAUUUCUAUGUUCUACAUUUAUGGCAUCGUCAUGCUUGUGUUUAUGUGCUCUGCCUGUGCUUCAGGUCUGCUCAUAUACCGAGCAGAUCGCAUGCCCUUGGACACGUCCAAGAACCCGUCCAGGCAGCUGGACACAGAGCUGCUGUUUGGCUCCUCUAUGGGCUCCUGGUUCAUGUCCUGGUGCAGCAUAGUGGCGGUGCUGGGAGCCACCAGCAGCCCCCCUUACCGCUGGACCAAUCUGACCUAUUCUCUGCUGGUGGUGUUGGAGAAGUGCACCCAGAACCUCUUCAUCAUCGAGUCCCUCUACCGCCGGCAGGAAGUUGCCGGGCGGGACGACCCGGAGUUAGCGACGUCGCCGGAAAUCUUCUCCGUGGCGUCCGCUUUGGCCCCGCCUUACAACGGCAUCUUCAACCGAGCCUACGACACCCCUGACAAGGCUUGUGUCGCCAUGGAGAACGAGCAGGAAGACCACGGACGGGCGUACAAAUGUCCCAGGAAAACCUCGGACCAUCCCCUGCCCUUCAGGAACCAGGCCCCAAAUAUCAAGAGGCGAAUCCUGAAGAACAUCGCAGUCUUCUUGAUUAUGGGCAACAUCUCGCUGUGGAUCCUUCCCGCCUUUGGCUGUCGGCCGCAGUAUGAAAAUGGAUUGGAACAGGAGACCUUCGGCUUCAGCACAUGGACUACCACUCUCAAUUUCGCCGUUCCUUUAAACCUUUUCUACCGCAUGCACUCGGUGGCGUCUCUCUUUGAGGUCUUCCGCCGGGUGUGACAAUGGCGGAACACUCCCAUUCCCCACUUGAACGUAAGCCAUGGCAACACUCCCUCUCACCCAAAGAUGACUGGUAUGACCCAACAUGUUCACCCGUGUGAUGAACUUGAACGUAAGCCAUGGCAACACUCCCUCCCACCCAAAGAUGACUGGUAUGACCCAACAUGUUCACCCGUGUGAUGAACUUGAACGUAAGCCAUGGCAACACUCCCUCCCACCCAAAGAUGACUGGUAUGACCCAACAUGUUCACCCGUGUGAUGAACUCCAACCCUUUUUGAAAGAGUUUCUGAAGGGCUUUUUUAUGGUUUGUUCUCUUUCAGUUAGUCUUCUGGACUUAGACCUGAUCAUAUUGUUCACCUCAUUCAAACUGUGCUUUAUAGAACGUGAACAUACCGCAGUUCAAAUGCAUUUUGUUUAUGGAGGACGUUGUCAUUUACUAUGAAAUGAUACAUUUGUUACAUUUCCCCUGGGUUUUUAAAUCUCAGAGGACAAUCUCAGCUCAGCGCCAUAUUUUUAGGCCUGUAAGCAAACGUCAGAGAGAAAUGACAAAUGCCAAGCUCUGUGUUUCAUAAAAGAGUCAAAAGGUCUCUCAUCUGCGCCAAACUGCAUGAAAAUACUUUGUUUACUUGGAUCCGUACAACAUUUGUGUCCCGAUAUAAAAAGGAUACGAUGGCUAAGACCAUUCUUUUUGACACUUGCUGCUUGUCUGCUGCAAAACGUUCAUAGUUCCAGGAUUAUUUUGGAUUUGUACGCAGCAUGUUGGCCAAGUACAACAGUUUCUUUUAAAGGCAUUUUUCUGACUGUUUCAAGGUUCUCAAAGUUGCUUAAUUCAACAAUCCUUUUCAUUGAGGUUGGGACACUGAAGCAGGACUCAAAUCACUUGAAUCAAGCCUGUGGUUCUCAUUCUGGUGCUCUCAUCCGUCCUCUCGGGAAGUGACAACUUAAACUGCUUUUGCUUUUUGAUUGUCAUCUUUGUAAAUACUCAAACUGAUCAAAAUGAACACGCUGUGAUCUGAUUUUGUGAAAAUCCGAUGGACUG